CAGAGCUGUUGCUUGGCGAGCAAUCAAGACUGUUGUGCGUUCUUCUUAGCCUUGACGUAUUCCACAUCAAGAGAGCCUGGGCUCUGGAAUUCUGCUCCCAUGGAAAAAUCAAGAUCCUUAUUCCAGCAAGUAAUUGGCCACAAAAUGCUCUUUGUUGCCUUCCUACUUUUUGCCACAGGCAAAAACCUUCUUGCAGAGGUUGUUACCAUAACUGAUGUGACCAUCGAUGUAAAAACAACAGCCAAUGUAGAUAUAAGCACCUCACUUUUUCCAGCAUCUUCUAAGAUGGCUACGGAGAUUUCUACGACGUCACUUCCUGAUGCCACAAUGCUUGACACUCUCAGCAGAAAUUUGAGCACUUCAGGGCAACCAGCACUGUCCUCCAAAGAAACAUCUCCAGUCUCAAAACAGGAACUACAAUCUGCCACUGCCGUGAACACUCCUGUCCCAGAAGACACUUCCUCCCCUACACCAAGUAAAGUCAGUGUCUCUAUCAAAGAAAAACAUCCUCGUACAGAAGCAACAAAGGUACAAGAAUCUGUUCAGAAGGAAGUUACCUCUAAAAUGACUGUCACAUCACACUUUGAUAGUGAGACGGUAUCUUCUCCAACAGAGGAUUUGGGAACCAGAUCCCAAGGAAGCGUCUUUGAGACAUCAGCCAAUGAAAUUGCCUACCUAGAAACAACAAAGAGCACAGAACCAAAAGAGAAAAGGCCAAUGCCACCAGGUCAAUCAGCAAAUGUAACUGCCUACCUAGAAACAACAAAGAGCACAGAACCAAAAGAGGACAGAACAAGGCCAAUGCCACCAGGUCAAGCUGUUCCAGAAUUAACCGAGAUUCCUAAGACUGGCAGGCACUAUACGUCUGGUCCUUUCAUAAUAUCGGGGACAUACAGCAACAAUGAGUCAAUAUUUGACUCUUCUGAUAAAGGGCCCUCAGAGAAGAAACACUCUGUCAUCAUUUUGGCCGUUGUUUUCACCAUCCUGCUGCUUGUAGGCCUCCUAGCUUUCCUGUGCUUUAGGCGCCGCCGUCACUCUGGCUCCACCAGCUUCAAUUCCCCAGAAUGGGCUGGACAAGCGACGUUGCCAGAUGAUACGGGCUUGGAUAAGGAUGUGGAGCAACAGGUGGGGUCUGUAGGGGAAGGGGAAACCCGGCGUGGGACUCUUGUGACUUUCUUUGGGAAGCGUCAGUCUAGGGUACCUUCCAUAGCUAUGGAAGAUGUCAGUGGGAAAGGAGGCAAGGAGGAAACAGAGCAGCUGCUUUGUAGAGAGGCUGAGAUAGGGUGCCCUUCGGAGGCGAUUGGGGAUGCCAAUGGCAAAGUACCAGAGCCCCUUAAAGGGUCUUCUCAGGAGUCCCCAGCUCCAAUAAGUUAGGGGAAAGUUCCUCCUAAAUAGGGCUUCCUUUGUUUUUCCUUGAAGGCAUUUUCGCUUCUCAUCCAAGAAGCUUCUUCAAUUCAGUUUAGAUAAGAAGCGAAGUGAAAGGAAAAACAAAGUCGAAUUGCCUUUUGAAAAAACACCUGUGGGACAAACAUGACUCAGAGAAUGUCUGAGAAUCUCCAUAGACAUUUCCCUUAAAUCAGAAUUCUCCUAAAUCAGAAUUUCUGGCUUUGCAGGACAGCGGGGGGAGUAGGGGAAGAAGGGAUGGUUGAAAGCUCAAAUGGAGUGCACAUGCCACCACUGCUCAUGCGUGUGGGGAUGCGCAUAUGUGCGCGCACUCACCCGCCAUUUCCAUGGCCCAGUUCUGAAUGGCUCAAGGUCCAGUAAUGGGCUACGGCCCUGGGGUUGGGGACUCCUGUCUUAAAUAGUGAUCAGAAGAUAGAUUCACCUCUUAAGGUUUUUCUGGAGCAGACCAUUUUUAUGGUUUACAUAGACAUUGUUUGGUAUAUCUUAUUAUCCUACAGCACGGGUGUCAAACUCGCUGUGUCAUGUUGCUGUCAUGUGACAUAUCGCAACAUUUUUUCCAGGGGUGAAAUGCUCCCGGUUCGGUCCGGAUUGCCCGAUCCAGUAGCGAUGGCGGCGAGUGGUUUGGAGAACCGGUAGCAAAAAUCCCUGCCCACCCCUCCCAUGCCCAGCUGAGCCACGCAAUCAUCAGAGGCUUUUUUUUUUAACUUUUAAAAGCUUUUUUUCUUUGGCCGAAAAAAUGCUUUUAAAAGUAAAAAAAAAAAACUCUGACGAUCACGCGGCUCACCUGGGAUCAUCAGAGCCUUUUAAAAGCAUUUUUUUACAACCUCUUUGGCAGAAGAAGUUGUAGAAAAAAUGCUUUUAAAAGUUUAAAAAAAAAAAUUGGCCACGCCCAUCCAGUCACAUCACACUCCCCCGCACCAAGCCACGCCCACAGAACCGGUAGUAACAAAUUUUACAUUUCACCACUGAUUUUUUCCCUUCGCUGAGCUGGGGUGGGUGUGGCCUGUGUGUGACGCAUCCAGCCUGCAGGCCGCCAGUUUGACACCCCUGUCUUACAGGAUAGAUGUUUCGUAUAUCCUCUAUACCCUGAGUGUUAGGUUAAGAUGUCCCUUAUUCAUAUGUGAGGGAUGAGUGAAGAUGGAGGAGUUUCUGUCCCUCAACUUCUCUUCUGAAAGUCCUCUGCAUCUCCAUUUCUCCUGCUUUAUUAUAAGCCAUAGAUAGGUAUAGCAGACCCAAAAGCAGAGAGAAAUUAAAACAUUGGCCCAGCCCAGUUUCAUCAAGUACUCCCUUCCCCCCCCCAUUUUUUCCUUUUCUUUUAGAGGAUAAAAAGGUCGAUGGGAGGUUGGAUAGUUAACAAAUUUCCAGGUGAUAGCAGUGAGGGAUUGUGCCUCAAGAAUAAUGAACAUUGAUCAGGCUUUGAGUCUGCAUUGUAGAAGGAAGUCUUGAUCACCAUCGCUGGAAAGAAAGUAUAUUAACAAAAAUUCUGUUUGCUAAUUUUUUUUUAUGAUGCUGCAAACUGCUUGGCUGAUUCAUGCUCAGAAGUGAAUGGCUUUUAUGCAUACAUAUUAGGAAUAUCCUAACUAGAUUGUUUUUAUUAACUUAGAUUUUAUUAAAUCAGAUUUUUUUCAUUGUAUCCACUCUCUGGGAAUAUCUACAAAGGAAAGGCUUUAUGUGGGCAUCCCCAAAGAGCUGAUAUAGUUAGCAGUAAGACAUGUGUAGGUUUAAACGCCUUUAUUUAAUUCAGAGACCUGUCCAAUUAUUCUGCUGUGCUUUGUCCUUCAAAUGUACCAAGUUUAAAACAGUCAGAGGAAAAGGAAGUCUUUUUAGAAAAACUUCCUUUCUAAAAAGUCUUUGGAUGAACAUAAAGGAAACAUGGAAAUAUCUAUGUACAGAAUGUAUAAAUACAAGAGUUUAAAUUUUGAAUUAUAUGAACAUAUAUUAAAUAGGAAAUAGCAUUAUGCUUUGCCUGUCCUUGCUCAUAUAUCAAAGGUUUGUUUCUAUAGAUUCCAGUGGAUUUCAGAGAAUUUAGCAGGUUAAACUAAUUCAUCUUAUUACAUAACUUUUACUUAAUUUUUCCUAAGAUAAUAACAUUUAAUCCUGAAUAAUUUUACUCUACAAAGAGCUAAUUAAUAAAUACAAAGUCCUUGAUUUAUGACUGUUCAAUUAGCAUUGGUUCAAAGUUAUGACGGCCUUGUAAAAAGUGAUUCAGAUCAUACUCAUAUUUAUGACCAUCGUACCACCCCUAUGGUCAUGUGAUCACAAUUUGAGCAUUUGCCAAAUUUGCAUUUAUAACCUGUUCAGCAUCCUGUGAUCACAUGAUUACAACCUGCUAGUUUGUUUCCAGCAAAAAGCACCCAUUAGGAAAGAUAGAUUUGCUUAAUGACUGCAUGUUUCACUUAAUGACCAUCAUAAAAAUUAUUGCAAAGUUGGGUUUGACAUGACUUACAACCCCAACGAUUCCAGUUCUAGUUGUGAUCAUACCUGUAGAUAAACAAUGGCAGAAAUUGCAAUGCAAUUCUAUGGCUGAUCUCGUGGGAAUAAGUCCCAUUACAUUGAAUGAGACUUACUCUGCGUAAGAGUGUCUGAAAUUGGUAUCUGACAAAAAACAAUCUCUUUUCUGAUUAGCCAAAUCUUGAACUAACACAGGGGUCUGCAAUCUUAAACACUCAAAGCGCCAUUUAGACCCGUUUCCCACAGAAAAGAAAACACCAGCCACAAAACCCAUCCCGUGCCUGACUAUUUCUUGAGAGCUACAAAACUAGCAUAUGUAGUUGAAUUAAACAUUCUUGUUUUUCUUCUGAAACUUUUCUUUUCUUGGAUUUAUCUAUGGUUGGCCUACCGGGGGUUGAAAAGCUCAAUAAAUUGCAUGCCAGCAGGUGCUGCGCAUUGCCGGUUGUGAUGCAUAUUUUGAAUGACAAGGAGCUGCAGCAGAGGGAUGAAAGAGCCACAUGCGGCUCCAGAGCCGCAGGUUGCUGACCCCUGAGCUAACAUAUUAUAGAGCAGUGUUUCUCAAACUUAGGAAGUUUAAGAUGUGUGGACUUCAACAACAACAAAAAAAGAGUUUAAAAAGUCCACACUUUUUAAACUCACUGAGAUUGAGAAAUAUUUCCUCAAGUGCUCGUAGAUUUAAUGAAGAUGUUUGGCAAUAUUGCAAGAAAAUGCUCCUUUUCUUCACUCUUCAUUUAUCUUUGCUCCUGUAAGGCACAAAAUUAGAAGGCCAAGCAUUUGUUUUCUGAAAAUAGUAGGAAGGCAUUCAUAUUUUUUUUGAAAACAAGGGGAAUUUUGCACAGAGGUAGUUUGUGAUGGGCUGGAACCAAGAUUGGAGAACUGUUACAGACUAAUAAAUAACCCAGGUCUUGAGAAACUAAGUUAAGACUUCCCUCAAGUCAAGGUUGACUCUACAUGAUGUGCUCCUAUAAUUUUCUUGGCAGAAACACAGUCAUGAUUUGGCAUUGUCUUCUUAUCCAGUUAGCUUAUACCCCCGAUACUGCCUGCAAGUUUCUCAUUUCAGGACAAAGCAGCUCAACCCUGCUUAGCGAGACAAGGUUGACCAGGAAUUUUAUCACCUGCCAAAACUCUGUGGAACUAAUUUUUUCUAAUACAGCUUCAGUCUUCAAAUUAAUCAUGGCACACUCAUUAAAAACAACCAAGUAUGUUUGCUGUCUCCUUUUUAAAAUAAAAUGUAAGGGAACUUUUCCCACCACAGUUAAGAAGACAUGAAGAGAGCAUAAUAUUUGUGAAGGUUGGCUCAAUUUCUGAGCUUUUUGUGCCCUGGUACUUAUUUGGUUUGUUGAAUUAAUAUUCUCAGCUUUUUUUUUUAAACCAUCUCUCACUUCAAACAGGUCUUUAAAAUCAAUCCAGUAAACCAGUAGUGGAAUUCAAAAAUUUUUUUUACUACCGGUUCUGUGGCCGUGGCUUGGUGGGCAUGGAAUGGCGUAGCUUGGUGGGUGUGGCUUGGUGGGCAUGGCAGGGGAAGGAUACUGCAAAAUCUCCAUUCCCACCCCACUCCAGGGGAAGGAUGCUGGAAAAUCCCCAUUCCCUCCACAUUCUGGGGCCAGCCAGAGGUGGUGUUUACCGGUUCUCCGAAUUACUCAAAAUUUCUGCUACCAGUUCUCCAGAACCUGUCAGAACCUGCUGAAUAGCACACCUGCAGUGAACUACACCUUUAUUCAUGGGGCCCUUGGUGCUCUCUAAGCUUGAUUGUUUUCUUGCAAACGUUUCAUUACCAAACUAGGUAACAUCAUCAGUGCUAGAGCACCAAGGACUCCACGGUUUAACACUGAGCUACAAAUAUUCUUUUCUAUUGGUAGAACUCUAUCUCUGUGCUAGAGUCCCCCAUUACACUAAGCUAUGGCUUAUUUAAUUUUACUUACUGAAUAAACCACUCAUCCUAGUUCAUGCUAAACUUGGUUUGCAAUUCAUAUUUGCUGCAUCUGGGGAAUAUACUUAACCAUAACCCAGUCUUGUAGCUUGGCAUAAUCAAUGAAGUCAGUUGAUCUCCUUCAAAUAAUGGGGGCCUUUCUGUAUGGGUUGUUAGAAAAUACAGUUAGAUAUUUCUAAUGAACAGCAGGCCAAUUACACAAUGGCAGAAGAUAAAUAUUUAAGCAAAUGAACCAACUAAUAAAUACAAAUAAUAAACUGUGGUAAGGAAAUGAUUGCCUCAUUUAAUGUUUUCCAGCACUUAAGGGUUGGUCAGAGGAUUUGCAGAUCCUUUCCAAUUCUAUAAUUCUGUUUUUCCAUGAUUAGAAAUGAACUAUCCUCAUGAUGGCCAGACAAUUAUCAGUAAUACUCAGCUUCCUCACCUGUGCUGUGUGCCUGAUCAAAAUUUUAAACCUAAACCUAAAAUCUAAGGGAGAACUUUCUGAGGAACAUCUAGCAUGCUUCAGAAGAUACUGUUUGAUGAUGACAAAGAUUCCUUAGAGGGCAAUGUAUGACAGCAGAGGUGUCUGCUAGUGGGGAAUGUCAAAAAAGUCAAGAUGGCAGCUACCACUGACUACUUGAAAGCUCACCCAUUUUUAUAUGCAUAUGUAAAAAGAGGUGGGACUUCAAUCACAGCCUUAUUUUUAUACAUUCUCCUACUAACACCGUGCCUGAUCGUUAGUUUUUUUUAAAAAAAAAUGAUUUCUAUUCAGUUUUGUAUAUUACAUCUAGGACUUAAUGAAUUUGAAUUUCUCUUGUGUAAAAAAUUCAGUGAAAUAACAAGGAGCUAAGUAAGAACUUAUGUGCCAGGUUUCUGAUUUACUUUUCUCUUCCAUUCAGUUUCUGCAGAAUUCUAAAUUCUUUAGAAUUUCUUUGCAUUUUCUUUAAUUGUUGGUUCAAUAUUUUUUUAUUCAUUCAUUUCAGAGGUGUAUUUUAUGUCUGUGGAGCUUCAUUCAAGUCUACCCAAUAAAAAGCCUUAACUUCUA